CUAGAGUUAGUUCACGAUGUUCCUUAAAAUUUUUAUAUCAGCUGGCUGUCGUUUUCAUUGAUACAAAAAUUUAAAAAUCGUGCUACCAAAUUGAUGGCAAAAGAGUUCUAUAUCGGUUUUCAACGUAGUUGUUGGUUAAGCGCAGUAUUGUGGUUUUAGUAUCCGUGUUGCGGUUUCAGCGAAAUACGACCGCCACCAAAGGAUUGGAUUAGAUCAUUACUGACGUGAUGACGUUGACAGCGAUGAUUGGACGUGAAUGUGAAAGUUUUUAAAAUAUGUGGACAACCACAGUCCUUCCGUUAUGGGUGAAUCGGAGCAACCUGAAUCGAAAAAGGCUAAAAUAGCCGAGAAGGAGGCUGUUCUGACCGAGAUCAAGUCAAUCAUAUCGGACGAGUAUUGCCAACCCGUCCAAUUAAUAGAAGUUUAUGUUGGUCAUGUUGGUGAUCCACGACACAUAUCAAAAUUAAUUUCAGAGUUGAACCGUUGCUUACCGAUUCCGCGGUUGCAACAUUUGAAACGCGUUGGUCGUGAUGGAUUGAUUAUUCUCGGCGAGAUCGAAUAUUUACAAGAACUGCUAAAAUUGGAAAAAUAUUCGGAGACAUCCAACGAAGUCAAUGAUCUUGUGAAGGAUACAGCGCACGACGCUACUGUUAGAUGUAGUUUGACUAGAUAUUUAAAACUUCAAAAGGUUGAAGAUUGUUUAGUGGAUAAUCUCUGCAGCGUUAUCGUCAAACGGCAAGUUGCUCGCUAUCAGCCUAAGUUGAGGUGGCAAUAUGAGAACGCUAAAUCAUAUUGGCCUUGUAAGUUUCAUCCGAACAAAUAUUCAGAAAGCUUAUAUAUGAACACUGUUUUCAAUAGCGUCGAAAGGACCUAUCAUUUGCGAAUGAUGUCUGCGUGUCUCUAUCUGAUGAGGCGGUUUGAAAGUAAACCAUUCAGCAUGUGUGUUAAUCCGAAGCUGAAUCGAGUCGCCGCCAUCGGUGUGGGUAAAAGCGAAGAACAUCCGAUAAAGCACUGUCCGAUGGUGUUAAUUGAUAAUGUGGCCGUUUCGCAAAAUGGUGGCGCAUGGUCAGCUAGUUAUCAAAGUUCUUUACCGAUCGAAAGUAAUUGGAACCUCAACGGUGUCGAUUCUGAGUACAUGCGAGUUUUGAAUGAUAAGUUUUCCGAUGUUAUAUUUGGGGCGCAGCCAGUGAAAGCGGUGGAUGUGAGCGUUCGCGAUAAUAUUUCUCCACACGAAGACAACUUAGGCAAGUAUGGGCCUUAUCUCUGUACAGGUUAUGAUGCAUAUUUUACACACGAGCCUUGCAUUAUGUGCGCGAUGGCCCUGACGCACAGCCGGAUAAGACGUGUCUUUUAUCAUCACGCAACAGAGAAAGGAGCUUUGGGAACUCUAAGUAAAGUGCACUGUGUUCGGGGUCUGAACCACCAUUAUGAGGUUUUUAAAAUUUUUUGAUACCAGAAAUAAAAUUUAAUAUUAAAAGAUAAUAA